AUGACUCCACCAUAUUACAGUACUCAGACAUAUUUAAUUCCAUUGAAAGAGGACAAGUAUUACCCAAUCAAGUUCUUAAAUUUUGCAACAGUUGGAGGUUCAGCCUUUCCCCCCAGACCUUGGUUACUUAAAGCAUUUGCAGUUCCAACCAAAGAUCAGAAGGAAAAGCAUUUCAAUAAGAAGUUGAGGGCUGCAAGAGUUGUCUCUGAGCAUGCUUAUGGCAUGCUCAAAGGUAGAUGGAGAAUCAUAUACAAGAAAACAGAGUGCAGCAGGAGAAACAUCAAAGUGAUAAUUAUGGCUUGUAUUGUUCUCCACAAUAUAUGUAUAGCGAGACAUGAUCCUUGCAAUCCAAGAUGGAAGCUUGAAGUCAAUAAGCUUCAGCUGGUAAAGAAAGCUACAAAGAGAACCAAGAACAAAAGACUUACUCAGCAAAUAGGGAACAGAAUUGCUGGAUGGUUAUGGUCUUUGCAUUAA